CAUAAAUAUGGAUGUAGUUGGGCACAUACCUAUCUAGACACCAUUGACUUGCCUGGUCAAAGACUAAGGCUUAGACAUUUCGUGCCUGGGAAAUGGUGCAGUUUAUCUUUAAGGAUGCUAGAAAAAUAAGAGAUGAGGCUCACGUUGCACGGAUGACAUCACUAGCUUUUGGCUGCGCGCUCCGUGUUCUCGUCUGUGGGUUUUAGCCAAGGCUGCAGCGCCCGGCGCCUGAGCGAGCGAGCGCGGCGGCGGCGGCUUCCUCCGGCGCUCGCAGCCGGGCGUUGCGAUUUCCAGAGCACCCCGGGCGCAGCCUGGGCUCUCGCUCCCCAGCAUUGGCCGGGCCCGCGAGGCCCCGGAGCCGCCGCGGCUAGAGGAGGAGGCAGGGAGCGGAAGCUCAGCGACCCAGCCUCCCUCCCCCACCCUCGCCCCAUUCACCUCGGCGGGCACCGCGCGCCAGGAGCCUGAUCGUGGGACGCCGAGACCGCGACGGGAUUCUCUGCACGCUGCCGAGUGAGCCGGUGCCUCGGCUCCUGGGUGGGCUGCGAAGAAAAUGGUGCAGUCUGAGAGCGGCUGACCCCAGUUGGGUAGAGCAGACAGCUACAGUGCCGGGCUCGGGUGGCGGGAGAAGGGGGCGGAUUGUUUUGAAGGGCCGGGGCCGCUGUUUUCCUCCGUGCCUACAGCAUUUUCUUUGCACCUGGGCAGCACGUUCCCGGGGCUACUUGGGAGCCAGAUGAAGUGAGGCAGAGGCGUCGCGGGAGAGGCGGGUCUGGAACCUGUCGGGUGGAUACUCAGGAAGAAGAGGGCGCUGGGGAGAUCGGCAUGACGCCCGGGGACUGGCUGCCCAGCUGGCGGUGAGCCCCGAUCGCGCGACCUGUCCAUGGUGUUGAAGGCACCGCGAGCCGAGCUCCGCGCGCCCCGCGCCGUGCGUCCUGCCGGGUGCACCCUCCUCUGCGCAGCCAGCCCCUCGCACCCGCCAGCUGCCGCCCAGUCGUCCCUAGUCCCGGGGCCAAGGCUCGUCCUGUAACGCCGUCCGAGUGACCGCACCGUCGGCCCGAGGGGCCUCCUGAAUGGCGAGGCCAGACGCAGACGACCCGGGAGCCCGCGCGGAAAGGUCGGCAGCGACCGUGUGCCCACGGGCUGCCCGCCUUUGAGCACAGCGCGCUGGCCCGGCAGAACAAGGGACCUGCUGGUGACCAGAGGACGGAGAUUUUAAAAAGACCAAACCCAGAGAGGAAGAACAUUUCUUCGCUUGCAGACCGGAAAGGGGAGAGUCGCUGAGUGGGAGACCCAGGCGGGACUCAGGACAGCCGGCCCUGGCAUCUCGAGGUUUCCUUCGCUGGCCGGCCGCCUCGCGGGUGCUGGGGUUCAUCCGGUCGUCGCGCAGCUCCUCGUGAUAGCCUCCACCCCCUCACCCCAAGAUAAAGCCAGACGAGUGGGUCCCCUCGCUACCCUGCACAAAGAAAGCCCGGCAGCCCCACGGCAGCCGAGGGCAAUUGGUGUUUAGUUUCUGGCCCCAGGGCAGCGGCACCCGAAGCCCGGCUGCGCGCCGACGCGGCCGGUUCGGGGCAGUCGCUUCCUGCGGGGCAGGGAGGGGGCGGGAGGCAGUCUUGUCCGCUCGCCGCCGCCCGAGGCUGCACCUGCCCCGGAGGAUGCCCAGGAGUCCGCCCGAGCCUCCCCGGAUCAGAACUUUUUAGGCUGCUCGCCGCCAUCCCUGCAGUCCCUGGGCCGCGCACCGGCAGGCGGGGGCGAGGGGGCGCCGCCGCGCGAGUCCCCCUCCGGUCCCCCUCCCCCUUGGCUCGGCCGCCCGCCGCUUUGUUCCGGGCGCGCGGAGGGAAGGCGAGGCUGCGGCGGAUCAUGCCCAUGGUGUAGCCGCCAAGCGGAGGCAUGGCUGCCGGAAGGUUACUGCUCUAUACGGGCCUCUCGCUAGCGCUCUGCGCCCUCGGCAUGCUGGCCGUGGCCAUCUGCUCGGACCACUGGUACGAGACGGACGCCAGGAAGCACAGGGACAGGUGCAAGGCCUUCAACACCCGCCGGGUCGACCCCGGCUUCAUUUACAACAACAACAACAACUUGCCGCUCCGGGCGAGCCGCUCGCGCCUGGACCGCUGGGAGGGCAAACUCCUCCGGGCCCGGAACCGCCGGCAGCUCUUCGCCAUGAGCCCGGUGGACGAGUGCAGCCGGCAGUACAACUCCACCAACAUGGGCCUUUGGAGGAAGUGCCACCGGCAGGGCUUCGACCCCGAGAUCGCAGCCCUUAUUCGGAAAGGAGAAAUUGAACGAUGCACGUACAUCAAAUACCACUACUCCUCAGCCACCAUCCCCAGGAACCUCACUUUCAACAUCACGAAGACCAUCCGUCAGGACGAGUGGCACGCCCUUCAUCUGCGCAGGAUGACAGCUGGCUUCAUGGGCAUGGCGGUGGCCAUCAUCCUCUUCGGCUGGAUCAUCGGCGUGCUGGGCUGCUGCUGGGACCGGGGCCUUAUGCAGUAUGUGGCAGGGCUUCUCUUCCUCAUGGGAGGAACCUUCUGCAUCAUUUCACUGUGCACCUGUGUGGCCGGAAUCAACUUCGAGCUGUCACGCUACCCGCGCUACCUGUAUGGACUCCCCGAUGACAUCAGCCACGGCUACGGAUGGUCCAUGUUCUGUGCGUGGGGGGGCCUGGGCCUCACACUCAUCUCGGGGUUCUUCUGUACCUUGGCCCCUUCUGUCCAACCUGUCCCGAGGACCAACUGCCCUAAAUCCAGACCCGAGAACGGGACAGUGUGCUAAAAAAA